AUGGCUCUGAAUAUGAGCUGCUGUUGGAAAGUCCUUCUGCUCUCUUUCCUCCUCAUAUGUGUCAAUGGACAAAAAAGGCCAUCUUUCAUGGUGACGUUUCCUGCUCUGAUUGAGUCGGGAUCUGAGGCCAAACUGUGUGCAAGUCUUCUCAAGCCCAAUGAAAGCCUUGUCAUGAACAUUCAUCUUGUUCAUGGAAACCAGAGCACGUUACUGCUGCAGGAGAAAGCAGAGGAAGAGUUUCACCGCUGCUUUAACUUCAAGGCUCCUCUGGUCGAAGCAGAAUCAGUGCAGAAUAUAAAGGUAGAACUUCACGGAAAGGCUUUCAAGAUGACCGAAGAGAGAAAAGUCAUGUUCAAGCCUUACCAUCCUCCGACCUUUAUCCAGACUGAUAAACCCAUCUAUAAUCCAGGACAGACAGUAAACUUCAGAGUUGUUUCCAUGGAUACAAACUUUGCACCCCUUGUUCAGCAGUAUAGUAGAGUGGAUCUUGAAGACAGUAAAGGUAACCGGAUUGGUCAAUGGACAAAUGUUUCUUCACCAAGGUGGAUUUUGCAGCGUUCUUAUGAAUUAAACCCCGAGGCCCGUGAAGGCAUGUACAAACUGAAGGCUUUUAUUAGUGACUGGAUGAUCUCACAUGGUUUUGAGGUGAAAAAGUAUGUUUUGCCUAAGUUUGAAGUUACUGUAAAAAGCCCGAAUAAAUUAAAUUUUGAAGAAGAGGAACUGAUAAUUGAGGUUUGCGGAAAAUAGACGUACGGACAGCCCGUAGCUGGUAAAUCAUGGGUGAAAGUGUGCCGUGAUCAUUCCCAGUCCCAUCAUUUUCUUUACCACUUCCAUCAAUUCACUCCAGUGUGUUUAGAGGAAACCAUUGAGAAAAAGACAGGCUGUGCCAUCCAUACCUUAGAUACAUCAGUCUUUCUGAACACCACACUAAAGGCUGUCCUGCAGAAUUCCCUUCAUGUUGAGGCAGUGCUGACGGAAGAAGGAACAGAGAUCACCAUGAGACAAUCUAAAUUUGUAUCUCUUACUUAUGAAAUUGGUAACGUCACAUUUAUUGACCUUCCCAAAACAUAUGAACACGGAUCAGUUAUAGAAGGAAAAAUCAAACUCUCAAAUUUAAAAGGCGCACCAAUUCAAAACAAACAGGUUUAUCUUAUAGAGGAUAAAAGUUGGACGAAACUGCUCCUAAAUCUCACGACAGACAGCGAUGGACUGGCCAGCUUCUCUCUCAAUACAUCCAGUCUUUCUGAAAAGGAUAUUGACCUAAUUGCAAGUGUCUAUCAAGGGGGGCGUUUUUAUGACCACAACAGGCCUUACAUCUCUGCGGAUAAAAAAACAGUUCAGCUCCAUCCUGUUCCAUAUCCACACAAUCCAACAAGUGAACUGAGUAUAGAGAAUACUGAGCAGCCAUUAAAGUGUGACUCUGAGUUUACAGCCACCAUCAAGUAUUCCUUUCUUGGAGAGACAGUUGAAGACUUCAAAACUGACAUUGUCUAUAUGGUCUUGUCCAGAGGAGUGAUCGUUCAUCAUGGAUAUGAGAAGGUUGAAGUGAAAUCUUCUAAUGGAGUAGCAAGAGGCACGGUGUCAUUCAAACUGUCUGUUGGUGGAUAUCUGUCUCCUGUAAUGCAGAUUCUGGCGUACUGUGUUCUGCCCAGUGAAGAUGUUGUUGCUGGUAGCAGAAAUUUCGACACUGAAAAGUGUUUCAAAAACAAGGUGUCUCUGAAGUUUUCUCCUGCUAAAGCAGUUCCUGGUGAGAAAAACACUCUCCAGCUCUCAGCUCAGCCUGGUUCGCUGUGUGGCCUCAGUGCUAUAGAUCAGAGCAUCCUGAUCCUGAAGUCUGGAGAACGCCUGGAUACUGACAAGAUCUUCAACCUGCUGCCAGUGCAGUCGAGGUCAGAUUUUCCUUACGCUGUUGAAGAUGAGCAGGAGCAGGAGUGUCUGCACAUGAGACCCCAUCAACAUGUGCCGACAGGCAAAGCCUAUGAAUCCUUGAAGAGUGUGGGAUUGAAGAUGGCAACAAAUUUGGUUGUGCGAGUCCCUCGGUGUCUGUCAUACAGUGGCUAUACGCUAGGCUUCCCUCUGGACACCAUCACCUUCAUCUCCCUGGUCACCAUCAUCUGCACCUCCCUGGACUCCUGCACCUCGCCUCCUCCCGGAUCGCUCGUCAUCAUGGCUCUGAAUAUGAGCUGCUGUUGGAAAGGGCUCCUUCUGCUCUCUUUCCUCCUGAUAUGUGUCAAUGGACAAACAAGGCCAUCUUUCAUGGUGACAUUUCCUGCUGUGAUUGAGUCGGGAUCUGAGGCCAAACUGUGUGCAAGUCUUCUCAAGCCUAAUGAAAGCCUUGUCAUGAACAUUCAUCUUGUUCAUGGAAACCAGAGCAUGUUACUGCUGCAGGAGAAAGCCGAGGAAGAGUUUCACCGCUGCUUUAACUUCAAGGCUCCUCUGGUCGAAACAGAAUCAGUGCAGAAUAUAAAGGUAGAACUUCAUGGAAAGGCUUUCAAGAUGACUGAAGAGAGAAAAGUCAUGUUCAAGCCUUACCAUCCUCUGACCUUUAUCCAGACUGAUAAACCCAUCUAUAAUCCAGGACAGACAGUAAACUUCAGAGUUGUUUCCAUGGAUACAAACUUUGCACCCCUUGUUCAGCAGUAUAGUAGAGUGGUUCUUGAGGACAGUCAAGGUAACCGGAUUGGUCAAUGGACAAAUGUUUCUUCACCAAGGUGGAUUUUGCAGCGUUCUUAUGAAUUAAACCCAGAUGCCCGUGAAGGCAUGUACAAACUGAAGGCUUUUAUUAGUGACUGGAUGAUCUCACAUGGUUUUGAGGUGAAAAAGUAUGUUUUGCCUAAGUUUGAAGUUACUGUAAAAAGCCCAAAUAAAUUAAAUUUUGAAGAAGAGGAACUGAUAAUUGAGGUUUGCGGAAAAUACACGUACGGACAGCCCGUAGCUGGUAAAUCAUGGGUGAAAGUGUGCCGUGAUAUGUCCCAUCGUUUUCUUUACCACUUCCAUCAAUUCACUCCACUGUGUUUAGAGGAAACCAUUGAGAUAAAAAAGACAGGCUGUGCCAUCCAUACCUUAGAUACAUCAGUCUUUCUGAACACCACACUAAAGGCUGUCCUGCAGAAUUCCCUUCAUGUUGAGGCAGUGCUGACGGAAGAAGGAACAGAGAUCACCAUGAGACAAUAUAAAUUUGUAUCUCUUACUUAUGAAAUUGGUAAAGUCACAUUUAUUGACCUUCCCAAAACAUAUGAACAUGGAUCAGUUAUAGAAGGAAAAAUCAAACUGUCAAAUUUAAAAGGCGCACCAAUUCAAAACAAACAGGUUUAUCUUAUAGAGAUAAACAGUUGGACUUCGAAACUGCUCCUAAAUCUCACGACAGACAGCGAUGGACUGGCCAGCUUCUCUCUCAAUACAUCCAGUCUUUCUGAACAGGAUAUUGACCUAAUUGCAAGUGUCUAUCAAAGGGGGCGUUUUUAUGACCACAACAGGCCUCACAUCUCUGCAGAUAAAAAAACAGUUCAGCUCCUCCAUCCUGUUGCAUAUCCUGUUCCAUAUCCACACAAUCCAACAAGUGAACUGAUUAUAGAGAAUACUAAGCAGCCAUUAAAGUGUGACUCUGAGUUUACAGCCACCAUCAAGUAUUCGUUUCUUGGAGAGACAGUUGAAGACUUCAAAACUGACAUUGUCUAUAUGGUCUUGUCCAGAGGAGUGAUCGUUCAUCAUGGAUAUGAGAAGGUUGAAGUGAAAUCUUCUAAUGGAGUAGCAAGAGGCACGGUGUCAUUCAAACUGUCUGUUGGUGGAUAUCUGUCUCCUGUAAUGCAGAUUCUGGCGUACUGUGUUCUGCCCAGUGAAGAUGUUGUUGCUGGUAGCAGAAAUUUCGACACUGAAAAGUGUUUCAAAAACAAGGUGUCUCUGCAGUUUUCUCCUGCUAAAGCAGUUCCUGGUGAGAAAAACACUCUCCAGCUCUCAGCUCAGCCUGGUUCGCUGUGUGGCCUCAGUGCUAUAGAUCAGAGCAUCCUGAUCCUGAAGUCAGGAGAACGCCUGGAUACUGACAAGAUCUUCAACCUGCUGCCAGUGCAAUCGAGGUCAGAUUUUCCUUACGCUGUUGAAGAUGAGCAGGAGCAGGAGUGUCUGCACGUCAGACCCCGUCGACAUGUGCCGACAGACAAAGCCUAUGAAACCUUAAAGAGAGUGGGAUUGAAGAUGGCAACAAAUUUGGUUGUGCGAUUCCCUCGGUGUCUGUCAUACAGAGGCUUGAUGUUUCACCCACUCCUUAUAGCUUCUGCUGCAGAGCCUCCAGGAGGGUCUUUUUCAUUGCAAACUGAUUUUGGUGCUGGUUAUUUUAUAACCACUGACAGUUAUUCUCCAGUAGUUACGGUUCGCUCCGUCUUUCCAGAAACCUGGAUCUGGGAACUUGUUGAAGUGGGGGACUCUGGAUCAGCUCAGAUUCCUGUCACGGUUCCUGACACCAUCACUUCUUGGGAGACGGAGGCCUUCUGUCUGUCCUCCAAAGGUCUGGGUCUGGCUCCUCCUGCUCAGCUGACAGUUUUCCAGCCCUUCUUCCUGGAGCUCUCUCUGCCUUACUCCAUCAUCCGUGGGGAGAUCUUUGAGCUGAAGGCCACUGUCUUUAACUAUCUGUCCAAGUGCAUCAUGGUUAAAGUGACUCCAGCUCCUUCAUCAGACUACACUCUCAAAGCCUCCUCUGAUGAUCAGUAUUCAUCCUGUCUAUGUGCUGCUGGAAGAAAAACCUUUAAAUGGAUCCUCAGUCCUUCUGUUCUUGGAGUCUUGAAUAUCACUGUCAGUGCGGAGGCAGAGGUGUCCCAGACUGUGUGUGACAAUGAGAUUGUGACCGUCCCAGAGAGAGGACGCAUUGACACGGUCACACGAAGUCUGCUUGUACAGGCGGAAGGAACUGAAAAGACUGAGACUCACAGCUGGUUACUGUGUCCAAAGGGUGACACUCUCUCAGAGGAAGUGGCUCUGACCCUCCCUAAAGAUGUGAUAGAGGGAUCAGUCAGAUCCUCUGUUUCAGUCAUUGGAGACAUAUUGGGUCGGGCGCUGAGGAAUCUUCACGGAUUAUUACGGAUGCCGUACGGCUGUGGAGAACAAAACAUGGCUGUUCUUUCUCCCAAUAUUUACAUACUGCAGUAUCUGGAGAACACGGAGCAGCUCACCUCAGCCAUCCGAGAGACAGCCACAGGCUUCCUGAAGAGCGGAUACCAGAGACAAAUGAACUACAGGCAUUUUGAUGGAUCAUACAGCACAUUUGGUAAUGGUGAUGGGAAUACAUGGUCGACUGCCUUUGUGCUGAGGUCCUUUGGCAGAGCACAGAAAUACAUAUUUAUCGAUCCAAACAUUAUUCAGAGUGCAAAGGAAUGGUUAAUAAACAGACGGGAUUCAGACGGCUGUUUUCUCCAACAGGGAAGACUGUUCAACAACAGAAUGAAGGGUGGAGUCAAUGAUGAGGCAACCAUGACUGCCUACAUUACUGCAUCAUUGCUUGAACUGGAAACUCCAGUCACAGAUCCUGUCAUCAGUGAAGGUUUGUCAUGCUUGAGGUCUGUCAUUGCAGAUGUCAGAAACACUUACACCACUGCUCUGCUCGCCUACACUUUCAGUCUGGCUAGAGACACGCUCACUCGACAGCAGCUUUUCAAGAAACUGGAGGAAGUUGCUAUUUCAGACGGGUCUCUCCUCCACUGGUCUCAGUCUGCAUCUGCUGAUGACUCCGAGUCUCUGGCAGUGGAGAUCAGCUCAUAUGUGCUGCUAGCCGUUCUCACUGCAGAUUCAGUCACCACAGCUGAUCUUGGCUAUGCUGACAGGAUUGUCAGGUGGCUUGUGAAGCAGCAGAAUGCCAAUGGAGGAUUCUCCUCCACACAGGACACAGUGGUGGCUCUUCAGGCUCUGUCUUUGUACGCCACAAAAGUGUUCAGCUCUGACAGCUCCAGCACAGUGACUGUACAGUCAGCAGGAGACACUCACCACUUUGAUGUCAAUCAGGACAACAAGUUACUGUACCAGGAGAAGCAGCUGCAGAACGUUCCAGCCAAAUACAGCAUUGAAGUGAAGGGCUCGACCUGUGUGUCUGUGCAGAUGGCCCAGUUCUACAACAUUCCCACUCCUACUGAAGCUAAAACAUUGAGCAUUGAUGCUAAGAUUGAGGGAAAUUGCAAAACAUUGCGACAAAAUUUCAUUUUGAAGUUCACUGUCAAAUAUGAUGGUAUUCAGGAAAGGACUAACAUGGCCAUUGUGGAUAUUAAACUCUUAUCUGGAUUCACAGCUGAGACAUCACAGCUUGGAAGUUCUUCCAGAAUAUACAAAUCUCUUGUGGAAAGAAUCGAUUCUAAAAAAGGUCAUGUCAUAGUUUAUUUGAAGGAGAUCCCACAAAACAUUCCAAUGAAUUACCAGAUACAAAUAAAACGGGUUCAUACAGUGAAGAAUCUCAAGCCAGCUGUGGUCAAAGUGUAUGAUUACUACCUAACAAGUGACCAGUCAGAGGGAGAGUACUCCUUCCACUGUUAAUGAAGUGCAUCAGCCAUGACAAAGAUGUUUGAAAACUCUAAAGUUUAAAAUCAUUAUGUUCAUUCUUUAUCCUGGACAAAAUUAUUUCCAAUAGCCCAAAUUUGAACAAACCCCCAAAUCAGUUUUUGGCCAACUUGACUAAUGAAUUCUCAAUGCAUAUGAUUAAUAAAAGUGAUGAAAACAA